AUGCCCCGCUGCUCCUCUCUUCCAUUGUGCGUGCACUCUCUUUCCCCUCUGCGCCAUUCGCAUUUUGUCCCCAUCAUCUCCUCCUGUGCGUAUACUAUCACAUACACCGCUGCUCCUCUCCUCCCUUGCGCCUUCUCUCUCCCUACCCCCCCGCUCCUCUUUUUCCGUGAGCCCUCCCUCUCAUUCCCCUCUCAUUCUCUCAUUCCGUGCACCAUCCCUCUCAUUCCCCUCUCACUCCCCUCUCAAACUCUCAUUCUGUGCGCCUUCACUCUCAUUCCCCUCUCAUUCUAUCAUUCCGUGUGCCUUCACUCUCAUUCCCCUCUCAUUCUCUCAUUUCGUGUGCCUUCACUCUCCUUCCCCUCCCAUUCUCUCAUUCCUUGCGCCUUCACUCGCAUUCCCCUCUACUCCUCUUCUCACGUGCGCGUUCUCUCGUCCCCCUUUGGUUCACUCCUCACGUGCGCGAUCUCUCUCGUAACCCUCUAUUCUGCGCCGCCUUCCUUGCUCUCACUUGUCCCACCCUCCAUUCCGCGCCUCGCCCCCAUUCCUCUGCGCCCUCCCUCUCUUCCCUCUGUUUCUCUUCUGGUGUGCACUCUUUCUCUUCUUCCUGUUUGUUUCUCUUAUCAUGUGCGCCUACACUCGCAUCCCCACCUGUUGAUCUUCUCUAGUUCUCCGUCUCCAUCACUCCUCUCUGUUUCUCUCCUCCAGUGCACCUUCUCUCUCCCGUACGCUCGUCCUCGCUAUGCUCCGUUGCCUCCUACCCCUUUCAUCCUAUGCUUUCACUUGUCUUCUCUAAUUUCCCCUUUCCCUGCCCUCCUAAGCUUGUCUCCUCUUGUUUCUCCCUUCUCCUGUCCUCGUAAGCCUUUCUUCCCUGGCCUCCCCCUUCCCCCGCCCUUCAAGUCUUGUCUUCUCCGGUUUCCCCCUUCUCCCCUACUCCCAAAAUUCUGGCAGAUGUCAUUUCUCUGCCCAAGAUGUCGUCUCUGUGCAUUCGACACUCGAUCGGUAGAUAGCGCGCUGCCCUUUGAACAAGAUGACGAUGCGUCUAGUAAUGCUGCUGUAUUUGGUGCUGAUGAUGAUGGUGGGGAGGGAGCUCAAGCAGGUGUUGCACUGGCGGAAGAGGAAGAUGCCCCUCAGUUUAACCUCAAGGAUGCUCUUGCGCACUGGAUCCUCUCCAACCGACUCUCUAUCAGUGAGAUUAACGCUCUAUUGGAAAUCAUGCGCAAGACCAUUCUUGAAAUACAAGAUUGGAAGUCCUACCGAGACGUGCAGGCGUAUGCUAAGUCUAGGGCGACGGAUGGCCACCGAGGUUGGCGACGAAAGACCAUCCGGUCACGUAACAAGGCUUGGCUGGAGUAUUGGUAUUGUGAUCCGUUGAUUGCUCUGCAGGACCUGUUGAAGAACCCCAAGCUGGCUGCCAAGAUGGUGUUCCAUGCAGAUCCUCAAUAUGUGGGGAACGUGAGGGUGUAUAGUACCCCCAAGACAGGCCUAUGGUGGGAGAGGUUGCAAACUUUGGUGCGGGAGGAGGAUCCGGAUGGAGUUGUGGCUGCUUUGAUCCUUGCGAGUGACGAGACGCAUAUGGAUCAUAGAGGGAAGGCGAAGGGUCAUCCUGUGUAUCUCACGUUGGGUAACAUUGAUAAGGACGACAGGUGGCAACCCUUUGGGCAUGUGCUACUAGCACUGCUCCCUGAGUUUCCUGCAGAGUACAACGUAGUGGACAAGAUGCGAGUCCACAACUACAUCAUGCGAGAGGUGCUGCAAUCUCUUAAGACAGCAUCCUACACCGGCAUAGCUAUGAAGAAUGCUACAGGCGAGACAAUCAACGUGUGGCCCUAUUUGUACGCUUAUGUGUCGGACUACCCAGAGUCAUGCAAGAUCACGUGCACAAAAUCCUUGGGGUACUUUGUUUCCGUGUUCGAUUUGUAA